UUUGAAAUGUUAAAAGUUCUCUGGAUGAGCAACUACCGAUAGAUGGCUAUUCAGUACAUUAGAAACGGAAUGAGAACUGAAAAGAGAAAUGUCUUCUAAGUUUGUGUAUGUGUAAAAGAAAUUCUCCAUGAUCUUUAUAAAAGGAAAAUUAAUGCUUUAUUACGAACAGUUCCAAAAUGAAGUUAGUUCUUUGGACAUUUAUAUUUAGUUUUUACACAUUAUGGGUAAGGACUGCCAGUACUGAAGGAAAAACCGUUGCCGCAAAUAAAGAAACUGGCAGAUAUAUAGGAGUGCCGUCUUCACAAGUUCAACUUGUCCCGAUAACAUAUUCGGGUCAUUCCGGUCCCUGUCAUUGUCUACCUGGACCACCAGGGCCACCUGGGCCACCAGGACCAACCGGUUAUAACGGACAUGAUGGUAAACCUGGAAUACCCGGUUUCCCGUGUAAGAAAGGACCUCAAGGUCUCAAAGGCGAUAAGGGAGAUUCCGGUCCAAUAGGGCACAGUGGACGUCAUGGCUACGUGGGACUGCCAGGACCAAUCGGACCACCGGAUCACACAGACUAUAACUAUCACCAUAGAGAAUAUGGUCUACAUCAUCAUCAUGAUCGCGGUCCUUCACAGCCAUAUAUAAUACCCCUGCCCCCAUCCGACAUCUAUCACCAGCCUUACCCAUACCCAUAUCCUCCAUCAUAUUCAAACUAUCGUAGAUGGCCAUAUUGGAAUACAACUAGAUAUAACAUUGAUAUCGAUAACACAAAUGACAACGAUAUUAUAAAUGAUAUUGAUAUUAAUAUUUAUCGACCAACUAACACAGAUCGAUACUUUACUGAAGACUUGAAAUCAAACAAAAAUGAAGACGGUUCUACAGAUUUAAGAGAAAAUACAAACAAUUCUUUUGAGGAAGAUGGUAUAGAAGAAUGGAAGAGUGUCGAAGAUAUAUAUGAUUCUGAAGAUAGCAACAACGAGGAUAAAUACCUUAUGGGGCGAUCGAAGCACAGCCAAAUCCCAGCAGAAUUAAAUUCAUAUUUAUUAGGUUUGUGGAUUGUCGGCACUCUGGGCAGAACUUACAAUGUAGAACAAGGAUCUGGAAGACAUAUUAGUUUACCAUAUAAGCAGGACCAAAUUGUUUCUAUACCGUCAUUAUAUCCUUACCAAUCAAGCCAUUGCCAUUGUCCUCCGGGACCACCAGGCCCACCUGGACCGCCAGGAUCACCUGGUUAUCCCGGUCAUAAAGGGAAUAAUGGUAAACCGGGAAUACCCGGACAUCCUGGUAAGAAAGGACACCCAGGCCCAAAAGGCGACAAGGGAGAUCCUGGGCCAAGAGGACACAAAGGACGGGAUGGGUAUUUUGGUCUUCCAGGGAGUCUUGGACCAAUUGGCCCUCCCGGUCUAUCUAGCUAUAGCCAUCAUCCCUAUCCUCAUCACUAUGAUCACGGUGCUCCAGCUCCAAUUAUAAUACCCGUACCUGGUCCACCGGCAUAUCCUUACCCACCACCAUUUAACCGUUGGCCAGACUGGAACGCAACCAAUUAUCCUAAUAUCGACAUAAACAAUAAUAAUAGAAAUAAUGUAACAAAUGAUGUGGACAUUAGGAUUUACCGACAGACCCCCAGUACACGUGGCUUUAAUGAUUUGAUACAACUAAAUGGAGAAGAUUCAGAAGAUAUGAGGGAAGACCCUAAUGACUCCGUAGAAAAUAUGCAGAUAUACCGAACGCAAAAACCCGCAACCAAUAUAAGUAUCAAUGAUGCAGACUAUGAAGAGAAUAUUUCUUCUGAACGGUCAAUAAAAGGCCACACCGAAUCAAAUUCUCGACAAUCUUACAAACUUAUUGCUUUCUCAAAAUAAAUUGGCAAUUAUAAAAGAAAGAAAAAACUUGAAAUAAUAAAAUGCUUAGUAUCUAUUAUUUCUGACACAAUAAAUACAUUCAGUUCUAAUUACGAAUUCAGAUAA